UUAGAGUCUCGGAGCAGUUUGACGUCCAGCGACGUGAAGAACGAUGAACGUGGUUCCUCUCGUGUGUCUCUUUCUCCUGACUCGGUCCGGGACAACGUCUGCUGCUGGACACGAAGUCAUCAUAGUGGAAGAAGACAGUGAUGUUAUCUUACCUUGUUCCCUCGACUCCAAGGAGAACAUCGUAGCAGCUCUCUUUGACUGGAAGAAAGUAGCUCAGAGAGAUCAAGGUCGGAAGGACGUUUUCCUUUAUGAUGCAGGUGAUCAUUACAACAACGGCCGUGAUGGUCAGAGUCCAGAGUUCAGAGGACGAGUCUCACAUUUUCCAGAUCAACUGAAUCACGGCAACGCGUCCAUAAUCAUCAGGAACACGAAGGUGGAGGACACUGGGAACUACACCUGUGAUUUUCCACGUCUUCAGACACCUCAAACGUUCUCCGUUGAGCUUGUUGUUGAUCCCUUCUUAAGAGACAGAUCAGGAGAACGCACAGGUGCUGCUCCAGAGCCUUAUAUUAGGACACUUCAUGAAGCAAAGUACUGGAGGCUGCUGCAGUGUGAAGCUCAUGGAAAUCCUCGACCUGAAGUAGAAUGGCAGGACAGAUCUGGAAACAAACUUCCUGCUGAUAAACCAGAGUUCUCAGAGAGAGGAAGCAUCUUCUACGUCAAUCUCAACAUCACUGUGAAGGAGACGGACCUCUAUCGCUGUGUAGCCACACAGGAGACCCUCAGUCAUCAGAUUCAUGCUGUGAUCCCUGUGACUAUAAGUGCUUCCUCCCCUGGAGCAGCUGGUAACGUUGUUAUGGUUGCUGUGUCGGUCCUCAUCACUCUUUUGUCCCAACAAACAAAAAUUUAAAGAAGAACAGAGACCCAACAGAAGAGGAGAUGAUCUAACAAAAGGGAACCAUGAAUGAAGAGCAGGGAACCAACCUUCAGGAGACCCUCCGAUAUCCUGACUCCACAUGUUUCUGUGUGAUCUCCUGCUUAACAAUCAUAUUAUUCAAUAACUAAUCGGUCAUAACUGAAGUUAAUGUAAUGAACGUUACUCUGCUUUUCAAUUUACUGUUUUUAUGUAAAUUCUGUUAAAAUUUGCAUCUCGUGUCCUCAUGUCUUCAUGUCCUCGUGUCCUCAUGUCUUCAUGUCCUCGUGUCCUCGUGUCCUCCAGUGUGAGAGGAUGAAGGAGGGACAUUUAAGCUGUGUAAAUGUAGUCCGUUCAUCAGAUCUGAUCCUGCUGCUUGUAGUUCUUAAAGCUCACUGACUGUCACGCUGUCAAAGAAAUGUGAAGAUUUAGCAGCUAAAGUGAAAUAUAAUGUGACUUAUUGUUUAUUUUUGAUAUAUUGUUUUUAUAUUUGCAUUGUUUGGGACAAGCAUGUGCUGCUUCUUGUUGUUUCUUCAGGUGCUGAUCCAGGAACAGCUACACACUGAAUACACACUCAGUGUCCAGUUUAUUAGGGACAGCAGCUCCUGUUCCUUCAUCAUUUAAUGCCAACGUUUGAAUAAAACAUGAAGAAUGUU